CGUCACGUAGCUCUGGGCGUACAAAUACCUCGCAGUAAAGUUUCCCAGUGAAGCUAAAUCUGAGCACUGUUAUAUCUGCUAUGAUACGAAGCAACAGCUAUCUAUCUCCUGAUACUAGGUAGGGCUAUAUAAUUAUUGCAGACCAAAAAGCGAAUAUUAGGGAAGAAACGCUUUGACAUUACGCUCACUGGUUGUGUUAAACGAAUUCCAGCUUUUUCCUGGAGGAUUUACAAGGACUUAGGUGACUUUCGCAGACCUUCCUGAGAGUGGAAUACAGAACUGGUCGUCGCUCUGCAGAACCAAUCACGAGAGCUACCGAGAAGAGUUUGGAAACUAUUUUAUUAUACAGUUGUUCACAGACGCCUUGUCAUUGGAAUAGACUCAUUAUUCCUUCAAUAUCGCCCCUUCAACUUAUAUAAAAAGUGAAAGAAGUUGUGCCAGAAUGUACCCGAGUCUGGCACUAACCUCAAACCAGUCACCAUACGCUCACGACAGCGGGAACUACAUACACCCUUCGGCCAGUUCUCCGGUUUAUGUGCCCACGACUCGGGUACCCACUAUGUUGCCGACAAUUCCGUACCUCCAGACUUGUGAGACUGCUCACCAGUCGCACGGCCUCGGCGGACACCACGGCUGGUCACAGACUGGCACGGACAGCUCGUCUUUUAAUCCGAGCAGUCCGCACCCGCCCCCGGGCUUCUCCUACUCCCACAGCCCGCCGGUGAGCAGCAACACCGGCAGAGACACGGCGUACCAGAAUCCGCUGGUGCUGAGCAACAACGGCCGGCCGGAGCAAUACGGCAGCACCUUGGUGCGCUUGGUUGGAGGAUCCUACUCGAACCCCUAUGCGGCGUACCUGAGCCCGGAGAUGGCGACCUCGUGGAGCCCUGGACAUUUUGAGAACAGCAUGAUUAGUUUUCAGGGAUGACAAGCGGGCCUGCAAACAAGGAGGUCAAGUCUAGACAUGCUGGAUGAGUUACCUGGCGAAGGGCGGGAGUGCGUGAAUUGCGGGUCCAUCUCCACUCCUCUGUGGCGGAGAGACGGCACUGGGCACUACCUGUGCAACGCCUGCGGACUGUACCACAAAAUGAACGGCAUCAACAGGCCGCUCAUUAAGCCACAGAAACGCCUGCAGUCAUCCUCCAGACGGGCCGGGCUUUGCUGCACCAACUGCCACACCAGCACCACCACGCUGUGGCGUCGAAAUGCAGAGGGAGAACCUGUGUGCAAUGCUUGUGGGCUCUACAUGAAGCUGCAUGGGGUACCUAGACCCCUGGCAAUGAAGAAGGAAGGAAUCCAGACCCGGAAAAGGAAGCCGAAGAUGACAAAAUCCAAAGCCUCAUCAGGCCCAGGGUCAAUCACUCCUGGUACCAGCUCCCCCUCCUCCGUGCCAGUCUCUGAAAACGCCUCCACGAUAAAAAGCGAGCCCAGUAUGGUGCCUUCACCCUAUGCUGGACAGACUGUAGUUUCCAUCUCACAGGUGUCGUCACAGCUGGACACUCUGAGUUCUGGUCAAACGGACAUCAAAUAUGAGGACUACAGCUUCACGCCCACGUCCUCCACUCCGCAGAACUCUUGGUGUGCUUUAUCACUGGCGUGAGCCGUGAGCGUCUCUUACCACUGUGCACACAGGACUCACCACACCCAAAUGUCUGUGACCAGUGCCAACACUGCCUUAAUUAUUAUAGUGAAAGACUGAAACAAUCGAUUGCAGUUAGUAUAACAAGUCUAUUAGUGUUUUUCUUUUUUCCCCGUACCUGUGGCAUUUUGAAGUGGUACAUUUUUUUUUUUUUUUUUUUGGUGGAGACGAUCCUGUCUUGAAGGUAUUAUGAGCUGUAAAAUUGAAAGAAACAGAAGGAGAAAAAAACAACAGUUUAUUACCUCUGAACCUGGUUAUUGUUAUAGUGUAAAUAAUUAACUUUGUGAGAACAUAAUAUUUAUGUUAAAAAAAGGACAGUAAAAACAUAAAGGUGUGUGCGUGGAAGUAAUAUUUGAGCUUAGGUCGCUGUGGUCUUUAGCUGUAAAAAUUAAAAUUGUCAGUAGCUUCCAGUGAUUAUUUUAUUAUUAACAGUAUUCUUGAUUGAUGCAAAAUAUCAAUGCAGCUUGUCUUUAAGUUUGGUUUAUGGAUUUCAGACACUUUUGUGUUUUUCUACCUACUCAACUCCAUGCUUGUUUGAGAGUAAAAGAAGUGUGUAACUAUUCUAAAGAAAAUCCUCCGUCCUCAGAUUAAUCACAUUACGUAUAAAUGAAACACUGUGCAUUUCUCUAAUUUCAAGUGCAAUGAGUAUUAAUACCUUCCAGGAGGUGAAAAAGGGUGACAAUGAAAAUUGUUGAAUUUUGUUUGAAUCUAAAUUUAUUUUCUCUACUUGAUAAUAGAAUAUUAAUGUUAUUAUAUUGCUUUACAGAAGUGCGUUGGCUUGUUUUCCUUUCGGUUUCACAAGCUCGGGAGCUUCAGUUUAUGUGAAUAAAAACAGUCUGGGGAAAGUGUUAUACACCAGCCUGUGAGAGAAACGUACUCUGUCAGUGUUAAUGGCUAAAAUGUGUAUCAAACGGAGACAACUGAGCACACUGAAGUAAAUAAUCUUUUUAAUAAGAAAGAA